AUGCAGGAUGUAGCACAAAGACACGAUUGGUGGGGUUUGUUAUACCUCAAAGCUUCAUGCAGCGUACUUAUUUGGAAGAUGUGCAAGCAGACACGUUGUCGGUGCCAGACGCCUCAGAAUGCAGCAUCUCUUAAGGCAGCCGUUAAUGGCGGGGUUCAACUACUCCGGUUCCCGUUACAAAAUGGAUUUCACAAAAGCACACUUUUCACUGAUAUGCAUA